GUUUCACUAUGAAUUUUCUGUCAGUUAGGUAUGACUGAAACCAGCUCAAAACAUUUGCUUUUAGACCUACCCAGGUCUCAAGCCUCGAUAAUAAGAGGGAGUGGUCUAUGGUAUCAAAAGCAGCUGAUAAAUCUAAAAGAAUAAGAACCACAGAAUCUCCGGAGUCAGUAGAAAGAUAAAUGUCAUUUAAAACUCUCAAAAGGGCAGAUUCAGUACUGUGAGCAGACCUAAAACCCGAUUGAAAAACCUCAUAGAUACAAUUGUUAUUCAGAAAACUUUGAAGUUGAUUUAGCACAAUUUUCUCCAGAAUUUUUGACACGAAAGGCAAGACAGAGAUAGGUCGAAAGUUUUUUUGAAUAGAGGGGUCCAAUGAAGGCUUCUUGAGCAAGGGAGUAACAGUGGCAACCUUUAGGUUGGCAGGGACUGAGCCAGUUUGCAGGCAAAAUAAACUUUAUUACACUUAAACAGAGUCUGUAGAGAAGAUCUUAUCAGAGGAGAGAUCAUCAAGGAUGGCAGCAACUCAGAUACUACUGGAUAAGAUGAUGGAGCUGGACACGGUCGGCUGGUUCCAGGGCUUCCUGGACAUACUGAAAGCUUCAGAAUAUACAGGUCUCCACAUGGCCAUCAGUAUGUGGGACUUUACGGAGCUGGAGUCUCUAUGUUCUCACAGAAAUCUUCUGGAUCAAGUCGAGAUGUCCAUCACCAAAAACAUGAAACCCAGGGAGCUGCUGCCACACAUGAGUGACUGUCUCACACAGCGAGAGUGUGAGGAGAUCAGAGCAGUGGAGGAGCAGAAGGGUUGUGUUGCAGCGAGUGAGCGGUUAGUAGAAACUCUAAGACACUGUGAUAAAGCAAACUGGUUUAAAGUGUUUAAACUCGCUCUGGAGAACUGCAAUCAGAACCUUGCUCUACAGCUGCUUGAGCCCGAUGAGAAUGGGAAUUGUGUUCAGAAAUUUGAUGAGAAUGAUGCAGGAAUGGCAGUGUGUAUUGAGUACAGAGAGGAUGGUGAGAGUGACAACCUGAUGAGCAGCAACAGUGAGACUGAGCAGUGUGUCAAAGGGGCAGAGGAGGGUGCGGCCAGUGUGUGUGAGAGACGUACAGAGAAGAAGUUGAGAAAAUAUCAAAAAGAGCUCGCUACAGCCGCAUACAAUGGGCUCAACACCAUCAUCUGUGCUCCAACAGGUUGUGGUAAAACCAUUGUUGCCGUGGCGAUAUGUGAACAUCACCUGAAGAAAUAUCCUGAGAAAGCCAAAGUGGUUUUCAUGGCGACCAAAGUGGAGGUUUAUGAACAACAGCUAAAACUGUUCAAGGAGCACUUCAGCGAGGAUCCAAACAUAAAAGUGGAAGGUGUGUGUGGAGAAAUGGGGGACGUGAAUUUGCCCACACUGGUGUCCAGCAAUGACGUGUUGCUGAUGACUCCUCAGAUUCUGGUGAACGCUCUACAGCGUGGUGACGUGGCCUCGCUAGACACCUUCACGCUGCUGCUGCUGGACGAGUGUCACAACACCACCGGCAAACAUCCGUACAACAACAUCAUGAGCCAGUAUAUUGACACCAAACACCAUAGAGGCACAAACUCACUGCCUCAGGUGGUGGGCUUCACUGCGUCUGUAGGUAUCAAGAGUUUUAAGAAUGUUGUAGAGGCUGAGAACAACAUCUGCCAGCUGUGUGCUAACCUGGACGCUCGAGUCAUCACCACAGUUACAGAGAAUAUUGAUGAGCUGAGAUCAUUUGUACACACACCUGAGAAAGAAUUCUUUCAAGUUAACCCCUGCAAAUCAGACCCCUUCAUCCUCAUCAUCAAAAACAUCAUGAAGAACAUCGAACAGCUGGCUAAAGGAGUCUACCCCAUUGACAAUGUGUCCCAGGUACAGAGAGGUGAUUAUGGCACUCAGAUGUAUGAGCAGUGGAUUGUAGAUGUACAGAAACGCUGCAGACUGCUUCAGUUCACUGACCAUGAGGAGGAGCGCAAAGUCUGCAGAGCAUUAUACACCUACACUGAACACCUGAGAAAAUAUAAUGACGCUCUGAUCAUUAAUGAUGAUGCUCGCACAAAAGAUGCGCUUGACUUCAUGGAGUCCUUCAUCAAGGACAUCAAUAACGCCAGCCCGGACCCCACGGAGCGCAAGCUCAUUGACUUAUACCACGUUCAGCACGAGCAACUGCGGCAUUUAGCUGCUGAAGGAGAACAAAACCCCAAACUACAGGAGCUCAAGUACAUCUUGGAUGAAGAAUACAGAAACAACGAUCAGACUCGUACUGUGCUGUUCGUCAGGACCCGUGCUCUCGCUGAAGCUUUGAAAAAUUGGAUAGAUGAGACGGAUUCACUAAAGUUUCUGAAGCCUGGAGUUCUGAUUGGAAGAGGAAGAAAAUCACAACUGGCAGGCUCAGGUAUGACAUUGACAGGACAGAAGGGUGUGCUGGACUCCUUUAAGAGCUCUGACCAGAGUAAGAUCCUUAUCGCCACCUCCGUUGCUGACGAGGGCAUCGAUAUCCCACAAUGCAACCUGGUGCUCAUGUACGAGUACGUCGGCAAUGUUGUCAAAAUGGUGCAGGUUCGAGGUCGAGGCAGAGCUCAGGGCAGCAGGUGUUUUCUGAUCUCCAGCAGACAGGAGCGCAUUCAAAAAGAGAAACAGAACAUGGAGAGAGAGAAACUGGUUGAGAAAGCCAUUAAACUCCUGCAGGACUCACCUGACCACAUGUGUGCCAAGGUGGACCGGUUCCAGAGGGAGGAUGUGGCCCGGAGAGCUCUUGCAAACCCAAAUGACGAAAAAACUCAGAUUGAUGGAAGUUACCAUUUCCUGUGUGGAAAGUGCAAGAAGUUUGUCUGUUUAAGUGAUGACCUGCGUGUGCUACAGGGGUCUCACCACAUUGUGCUGGAUAAGUCCAUAUUCCAGCGCUGUUCCACUAAACCUCACAGAAAAAUCGCAACCUUUGACAACAUCACCAAAAAGGAGAAGAUGUUUUGUUCUGAGUGUCAACAAGACUGGGGCAUCAUCGCCUCCUACAUGAAUAUACAGGAUUUGCCGGUGUUGAAGAUCGAGAGUUUCAUCAUCAAAGACCUCGCCACAAAUGAACAGCAAUAUUUCAGGAAAUGGCGUGAUGUCACGUUCCGUAUGCGAGCGUUCGACGUGACUGAGAAGAUGUUUGAGAAGUGGGAGCCGAGGACGUAGAUGAUAAAGGACGAGAUUAUAAACAUCGGAAACUGCCAGUCUCUGUCUCUCUAUCUGUCUCUGUCUCUCACACACACACACAGACACACACACAGGCACACACACACACACAGGCGCACACACACACACACAUACACACACACACACACACACACACACACACACACACACACACACACACACACACACACACACACACACUUGUUCCUAUCAUAAGGUCAUGUUCACUAAGUCAUGUACUGUUAGCUGGAGGUUUAGAGAUGUUCUGGUGGGCGUGGCCAGUUUACUCGGUUUUUUACAUAUCAUUACGUCUUUAUUAUGAAAUGACACACAAACAGAACACGAUCUGAUUGGCUGAGGGUCUUUAAUAAGUAAAAGGCACUAUGUUCACAAGCAUUUUAUGAGUCAGUAAUUAUAAACUAUCAGCUUGGCACAGUGUCAGUGCCCCUUUGCUGCCCUUCUGCCCUACAGAACCACGUCUUCUCCGUCUGAUUCUCGACUCAUUCGUUUUUCACUGCAUUAUAAAGUUUGUGAUGAUUUUUAGGUUGAUGUUUAAUAUUUUGAUCACAUUUUGAUCUCUAAACCAUGUCCAUGUUCUGAAACAGAAGAGUGAAUGACCUUCAGCACUGAACUCCGUUCUGUCACAGAGCAGAAACUACUGCAGACAAAUAAAGAACAAAAUAAAUCUGACUAAAAAACAAGAA